AUGGCUUUUCUUGAGAGCAUGCCCUAUGAAAUAUUAGUCAAGAUCCUCGAGGGUAUCACACACGUGUACGAUCUUGGGAAUCUGGUCCAAACCUCUCGGCUGAUGAGCAAGGUCUUUGAGUCGUGUGUUCAGCGGCUGUUUGUGAACAGCUUGAAAUCCUCCGAUUUAUGCCUCAGGAUCCAGUAUGCGAUUUAUGUGGUCACCUUAUCGGAGGCCAAUCUUCCAAUUGAUCCAGAGAUUCUUCACGCGGUGACGAACCAGCUCCCGCCGUCUCGGCCCGGGCCACAAAAGUGGGACACAUCUGAGAUCAUCUAUCCUGCAGAUAUCCUGGCUGCGGUGAUCCAGGACGUGCUGAAGUUGUGCACCAAUAUACAUGGGCUCGCUUCCCGAUGCCUAGAAGAAUUUCUUAGACGAUGCAGGGAGAUUCGGCCCUCCCAGAGCAACGAAGUCUUUGCCCUUGGUGAAACCUAUGAAGAGAGUUGCGAAGCUUUUAAUGGUAUAUAUGUUGCUCACCAGAAGGCUUCUCUCGUCAUCGAAAUUGGCAUUGAAGAUAUCCUUCCAAAACUUUCUGCUAGGCCUAAGUGGCAAUACCGAGACGGAGCCCUUUAA